UCUAUUUUAUUCAAUAAUAGAUGCGUAAAAUAUGCAAAAAAAUAUUUUUAUGCAAACCAACAUAUACAGACAUAUUACAGGCGAGGAAUUUUACUUUGAACAAGGAAAUAGCUGUGCAAGACAUACCCUGAGAUCCCAUGGGUGUCCAGGGUCUUACUACCUAUGUGGAGGGAAACAGACAAUUCCUUCAAGAUGUGAAGUUCAGGGACAGUCGCCUGGUUAUCGACGGCUGCAGUCUGUAUUUUCGCCUCUACUUUAACCACGGUUUUGACCAACAGCAUGGAGGAGACUAUGAUGCUUUUGCGUGCCUACUCACCCAGUUCCUGUCUGCACUGGCAGCCUGUAACAUACAGCCAUAUGUGGUACUGGAUGGAGGGAUGGACCCCAGUGAUAAGAAGUUUCCCACUUUGCGGCAGCGUCUGCAGUCCAAGAUAAAGGAGGCUGACAGUAUCUCUCAUGGCCGAAAUGGCUCCGUUCUCCCCCUCCUCACCAGAGAUGUCUUCACUCAGGUUCUCAUCCAGAGAGGAGUCCCACUGGUCCAGUGUCCAGCUGAGGCUGACUGGGAGAUUGCAUGUUUGGCUCACCAGUGGAACUGCCCAGUUCUGACCAAUGACAGUGACUUUUAUAUAUUUGACCUGCCAGGUGGUUAUCUGCCUCUCAAGUUUUUCCAGUGGACCAACCUUAAUGGUAAAGCCUCUCACCGUUACAUCUCAGCUCGGUGCUACACCACUAACAGUCUAUGUCGCUGGUUUGGGGGCAUGAACCAGGAGUUGCUACCCCUAUUUGCUGUCCUGACUGGUAAUGAUUAUGGAACUCCAAAGGAUGCUGAAACACUCCUUUCUCUGCUAGAUGUGAGUGCAUUUAGGAGAAGUGGUAGCAGGGGUAAAGGUAGAGCACCCUCUUCCCGCAUUGAAGGCCUCUUCCUUUGGCUGUCCUCUUUCCCAAGUCCAGUGGAGGCCCUGGAGGAAGUAAGCAGGCUAAUGGGGGAGACGGGUGGUAGGGGCAAGAGAGGACAGAAGGGUGGGCUGAGUUCUCAGCUGUGGGCGGCUAUGCAGGAGUACCAUGUCACCCCUCAAAGCUCUCUGGCUCACUGGUUCUCUGGCAGUCAGGCAGUUCCGGGAGGGCAGACCUCUACACUUGCACAGUUACCGGAGUGCCUGUCAUGGGCUGCAGCAAAGGGGCUUUUGGCUCCCUUGGUAGUGGAUGCUUUGGUGAUGCACAGGGUCUUGCUCAUACCACAGGUAGAGAACAGCAAGCUACCCAGCAGCCACUGUAGUGCCAGAGCUAUACGCCAGGCUAUAUAUGGGAUAUUACUGCAGAGAGGUCAAGAUAACAUGACUCAAGGAAGAGGUAGAAGUAUACAGCAAUUCUAUGGAGCAGAAGGUGCUGUCCAUUCACAGGAUGUUAGGAUACAAGAAAAUAUCAGCCGGGGUAUGAGAGGUGGGAGAGGUCGAGGGGGAAGGGGACAUGGAGGUAGGGGUCAGGGCAGUGUUUUACCCACACAGCAGCAACACUUCUUCAACACUGAAGAAGCAGCUGGUGUAGCUACAAUGCAGACUCAGGGCUCUAGCGCCCCUAUGUGUGUGGAGGAAUACGACCGUCUGGACCUGAACUUGAAGAAAAACCAAAUGGAGGCACAUCCACUCAAAACCCGCUUAUGCAUGGAUACACUCGGCCAGGCUCCCGUGGCAGCUCGUCUUGGUGUCCUGUUAGAAGUCUUAGGGGUGAAGGAGUCUGUCCUGAAUCCUGCUCCUAUCCACUUGAGGCUGGCUGUAGCAGUAACAGGCUUCUGGCUGCGAGAGGCCAUACCAACACCCUCACAACUUCAGGUCCAGGCUUUGGUGCUGGGCAUGGUUUAUGGAGAGCUGUCUUGGAACAACCAGCCCGGAAGUACCCACCACCAACAGGCCGUCCCACAGCCAAACUGGGCAGCAGAGCGCAAUGUGUUGGCAGGGCUGGAUCGACAACGCAUGAGAGCAGGGGAGAGACGGGGCUUGGAUAUAGGAGUGGCUCACAGUUUCAGCCAAUGGCAGGCCUGCCUCUGGAGUGCGCUGUGUCUUAAUCAGCUAUUGCUGCUGCCACUGCCUGACCCCAACCUGUCAUGGUUGUUCAGCGGUACCUUGGUGCAUGGCCUCCUCAGGUACCUGAAAAGCGGCCGAGCUGCUGAAUCCCUCUUAGCUGGGGCUUCCUUGUCUGGAAAUCUUUACUUCUCCCUGCUGGAUGCUGUGAGGAUCUGUGGCUCCAAAGCCCAUCCCUCCUCUUCUGCAGAGGGAAGGGGAAGAGGCAGAGGCCGGGGACGGGGACGGGGACGGGGAAGUAGAGGAAGAGGGGGAGGUAGAAGAGGAGCAGGGGGAAGGGGCAGAGGAUCUGAGGAGAUCAACAACAGGUUUGCACUACUUAUGAGUGAGGAAGAGUAUGAUGAUGAUUGAUAAGGAGGCAGAGAGAAAUCAACAGAUUGAUAUGAAGCACUUAAUAGGGGCCAAAUGACAUUCCAGAUGCUCAGGGAAUGACACAAAUUGUCAUUUUCAAGUGAACACAUCUUAAAGUUUUCCACCGUGCUUCUAUCUUUAUAACUAUAUUGCACUAAUUUAACCUUCCUCACUAAUAGCAACCUGUUUUUGAUGUUAAAAUUUGAUGUUGCUGAUUCAAAUCAUGUGAUGUCAAGACAUACUGUAUGUAUCAAAUGUUUUCCCAAAGCACAUUAUUGCCAUAUUUUAACAGAUCUAUGACUGCUUUUAUCAGAUUAUCACUUGUUUUCAAGUGGACAGUUUGUGUUCAGUAACAUCAACACAAAAUUUUCCAAAAGUGGCAGCUAAUGUCAUCUCAGUGAGCAAUGUAUUUUAAUCACAGAUGCCUUAAUAUCCCAUGAAUUGUGAUCUUGAGUUGUUUGCACAUCUUUCUAUAAUAAAAAAAAUUGUCAAAAUCA